GGCAUUCCGACUCCGUUCGUGAAUCAUCUCUUCACAAAGUACAUGGCACCGCACCAACCAUGCGCUAAAUAUCAGUACGUCUCUACAUCGUCCACUUCAAAAAUUGUCCCGGUUACAGACCAGGAACCCAAGGAUGAAGAAUCACCAGCUGACUACAACGCUGGCGGGUAUAUGGUCGUUAAAAUCGAUGACACAUUCAAAGACGGUCGGUACGUAGUAGCACGCAAGCUAGGCUGGGGCCAUUUUUCAACUGUCUGGCUCGUCAAUGAUACUCACGAGAACCGCUAUUCCGCUCUCAAAGUGGUCAAAUCUGCUACGCGUUAUGCUGAGACUGCACGCGACGAAAUCAAACUUUUGUCUCAAGUAGCUGCUGCAAAUCCGCACCAUCCUGGUCGACUACAUGUUGUCUCAUUCCUCGAUUCUUUUGAACAUCGCGCUCUCCAGGACACUCACGUGUGCAUUGUGCUCGAGCCCCUUGGGGAGACGCUUCUUGCAUUAAUUCAACGUAACAAGAAGAAAGGUGUUCCAAAACCCCUCGUCAAGGUCAUCGCGAAGCAAGUGCUUCUCGGCCUUCAAUAUCUUCAUGAUGAAUGCGAUCUCGUUCACACUGACAUUAAACCUGAGAACAUUCUCAUUUCCAUACCAGAUGUCGAAGCUCGUAUCCAUGCCGAAUUGUCUAUUUCGCCAAAGCCAACAUCGUAUCACGUAGGCGUUCCUCAGCCCACCAAGUCCCGUUCUGGCUUGACCAUUCCUUAUCGACACGUAUCUGCACGCGAAAGACGCGUGCAAAUAUUUGAUUCACAGCCGUUAUCAAGCCCAUCGUCGAGAUCUGGAAGUAUCAGCGCUAACGCGAGUAGCCAUAGCUUCCAAAAGCAAUUUUCUGAAACAAGUCCGAUCAGUGGCGCACCCAUCAGCCAGUUGCUUAGGAAGUCCGCUAGAGCAGACCCUACCAUUCUUCAUGACCCACCAGUAAUGCCUUCCAGUAGCCCGUCGACUUCGUCUAUCAUCUCCUUCACGUUAUCCACGCCAGCAGCUUCUAACAGUACUGUCAGUACACCCCCUACCUCAGUGGGAAGUACAGACAUCCCCAUUCUGACGAAUAUGGCCUCGCUUACACUCAUGAGUGCUUCGCUGGAUGCCGAGAAACACGUAUCUACUUCCCCCCUCAUCCAAUCGCAUCCUUCUUCGGAUAUUCACAUCAUUUCUGGGCCGUCACUUCUGACCCAGACUGCUCCACAUCAAUCCUCUCAGCCGUCUCUCAGCCGAACUCCGUCGUCUCCUUCUUCAGGGGUAUCCGUUCUAGGACCUCCAUCUACGCCGCUUUCUACGCCGCUUUCUAUUAAAAUAGCUGAUCUAGGGAAUGCGACACCUUCUAAGCAGCAUUUUACAGAGGAUAUUCAGACGCGGCAGUAUCGCGCUCCGGAGGCUAUCCUUGGACGACGUGACUGGGGUACAAGAGCUGACGUUUGGAGCGUUGCCUGUGUUGUUUUCGAGUUGUUGACCGCGGAAUAUCUGUUUGACCCUCAUGGACAAGGCGAGGUGUUCACAAAGGACGAUGACCACAUGGCGCAGAUAAUUGAGUUACUGGGUGAUUUUCCGCUAGACGCGAAGAUGGGAGGAAGAUAUAGUCGUGAAAUAUUUGAUCACACAGGGGCCCUUCGCUACAUCAAAACGUUGAAGCCGUGGCCUCUCAAUCGUGUCAUGACAGAGAAAUACCUUUUCUCUAUCUCCGAAGCGAACGAUUUAUGCUCCUUUCUUGAACCCAUGCUUGCAGUCGAUCAAAGGGAACGUAAGGAGGUUCGCGAUAUGGUUGGCCAUUUUUGGCUAGAUGUGAAGGACGAAGAGUGGGUAGCCGUUGACGGCUGGUAAUGAACCUCAUGUCUCGUUGAUGCUAUCAUUUUACAUAUGGGGUUUCUGUGUCAUGGGUUAUCCGAAAUAUACAACCUUAGCUCUUCUGUCACCCUACUUUAAUUGUGUUUAUUCCUUAUGGUUGCACGAUAGACAUUACGUUGGCUGUAGAUUUAGACACCUUUUAGUUUGGCGACUGUCCAUACGACGGUACAUGUAUUACAUUCUCUUGAGCCAUAAAUUAUUAAAUAUAAAGUCUUUCAUGCUCA